GUGCACAGAGCCUGGGGACGCUUGCUGGUUUCGUGCGCGCAGUCGCUGCUGAUUGUGUGGCCUCCGGCGGGUGGAGCGGCCGAGGUUUGUCAGUUGUGCGAGCAACGUCGGGAAUGAGCCGUUCAGUGCUGCUGUGAAUUCGUUAGUGGUUUGCGUGCUUGGUGAGCUGGGCCGGCAAGAUGAACUGGAUUUUUCCGUCGUCCAAAGGCAGCGGUGGUGGCUCCGGACACCUGCCGCCUCUCACCAGUUUACAGCAACAACGCCAGCGGCAGAUAGAGUCGGUGAAAAGUUCACACAACAGUAUAGUGGAAAUACAGAAGGAUGUGGAAUACAGGCUGCCACUUACGGUGAACAAUAAAACAAUCAAUUUAAACAUCUUGCUUCCUCCGCAGUUUCCACAAGAGAAGCCUGUGAUCACAGUUUUCCCUCCAGUGAGGCACCAUCUAGUAGACCUACAUUCUGCAACAUACGUGAAAAGCCCACUAAUUACCAACUUCACAAUGCAUUCCGACCUUGGAAAAAUCAUUCAGACGAUCCUCGAAGAAUUUUGGAAGAGCCCUCCAGUGUUGGUUUCAAGCUCAGCAUCUUUGCCAUAUCGUUUUAGUGGUCCUGCUCCUGUGGCUCCUUACUCUCCACAGGGAUAUCCAUUUAUUGCACCAUAUCCUACUCAAGAGUCUACUGUUCCUUGUCUUCCGGAUUCAGUUACAGGCCCAGGCUUUAGUAGCUCUCGACCUGCUGCUCCUGCUUAUGGAUUGAUUACAGAUUUGCCUUUACCCGUUCCCAGUGCUGACUCCUCAGAACAGUUAGGCUUGAAUGGUCAUAGUUACAAGAUGCCUGAUCUCCCUGACUACUUUGCUGAACUCCAUGAACUCAGUACAACACAAUUGACAGAUUUAAAUGAGAAUGAAGUUCUGCUACUGGAGCAUUUCAUCAGUUUGCCACUAUUGAAACAGAUCUGCACAGACAAAGACAACCUGAUUAAUUACAUCGAGGAGCUAGCAAAAAAAAAUCUACAACUUGAACCAAAGUUGGAAGCAGAAAGACAAGAGCUGUUAGAUAAAUAUGAUCAGCUAACUCAACUGAGAAGUAAUUUUGAGAAAAAAUUGCAAAGACAACAUGAACUGAGUGAGAGCUGCAGUUUCAAUGCCUUGCAGGCCAGAUUGAAAGUAGCAGCUCAUCAGGCAGAAGAAGAAUCUGAUGUGAUCGCUGAUGAAUUCCUCGAGGGCAAGGUUGAAAUUGAUGAUUUUCUCAGCAGCUUCAUGGAAAAGAGAACACUCUGUCAUUGUAGACGGGCAAAGGAAGAGAAGCUUCAGCAUUUAAUGACGCAACAUGGACAGUUCCUCUCACAAUAGUAUGCCAUGACAUUAAGGGUAGACAUCCUCUCCGUGACCAGUAGGUAAAAGAAUGAAAGAAGACAAAUAUAAUCACUAUCACUAGAAAGAAAGUGCUGGGGAAACAAAUCAAGUUGAAGACCUGGACCUGAUGGGAUGCAUCCUAAAAUGUUAAGGAAGUAGCUGAAAUGAUAAAGGAUGGAUUGGUAGUAGUCUUCCAAGAAUCCUCAGAUUCUGGAAAAGUGGCAGUUUUUCAAUCCACUGGAAAUGUAACAAGCUUAUUCAAAACAGGAUAGAGACAAAGCAAUUAACAGUAGGCUAGUUAGCUUAACAGCUACUAUUGGGGAAAAUAUUUCAACCACCUUGUUCAGAGCAGAGGCUCUGAUGAAGGGUCUAGGCCCGAAACGUCAGCUUUUGUGCUCCUGAGAUGCUGCUUGGCCUGCUGUGUUCAUCCAGCCUCACAUUUUGUUGUCGUUGAUUAGGUUUUACGUUAGGCUACUUAAGACCCUAUGGUAUUGGGGGUAUAUUAGCAUUGAUAGAGGAUUGUCUGUCUGGGUAGUUGUGAGUCAAACAAAGUUAGGAUAAAGGGGUCAAUUUUAGGAGGGCAGUUUUUAAAACUGUAGAAUGCCAAAUGGAUCAUUGCUAGGGCCGCAAUUAUUUACAAGAUAUGUCAAUAACUUGGUGAGGGAAAACGAAAUGGAUUGCAUAGCCAAGUUGCAAAUCUGACAAAAAUAGGUUGGAAGACAAGUGAUGAGGCUAAGAGACAAUCUGUGGAGUGAUGUAGAUAAGUUAAGGAAGUGGGCAAAAGCUUGGCAGGUGGACUAUGAGGGGAAAUACGUUAUAAAUUUAGCUGAAAAAAAUAUAGGAGCUAUUAUUUAAAUGGAGAAAGACUGCAAAAACGUGCAGCAUACAGGGAUUCUGGAGUCUUCAUGUGUAAAUCACAAAACAUUAGCAUAGAUUUUCAGGUAUUAUGAAUAGUAAAUGGAAUGUUGGCCUUUUAUUUCAACCAGAAUGGCCUAUAAAAAUAGGGGAUCUUGCUAAAACCGUGCAAAACACUAAUCAGACUACAAGUGGAAUACUGUGGAGCGUUUUGGUCCCCUUUUUCUAGGGAAAGGUAUCCAGGCAUUGGAGGCAGUCCAGAGUAGGUUCACAAGCUUGUUACUGUGUUUAGUUUUAUGAAGAGAGUUGAGUAUGUUGUGCCUGUACAUAUUAGAGUUUAGAAGAAUGAAAGGUGAUUUUAUUGAAAUGUAUCCAAUUCUUAUGGUACUUGACAGGACAGAUACAGAAAGGUUGUUUCCCUUUUGUGGGAAAGUCGAGCUUCAUGGGGCAUAAUUAUUGAAUGAGAGGUUGCCAUUUUCAGACAGAUGACAAGAAUUUCUUGAGGGUAGUGAAUUGGUGGAAUUUUUAAUGACAGGUCUAUAGAGGCUGUGUCGUUAAAUAUGUAUUAGGCUGAGAUACACUGAUUUUUAAUCAAUAAGGAAAAUCUUGGAAGUGGUGUUGAUGGUUAUCAGAUCAGUAGUUAGUUUGUGUGGUGGUAACAUAAAGCAUUAUCGGAAACAGUUGAAAUAGCACUGCUGCCUCAAAGCACCAGAGACCCUGAAACUAUUUAGAAUUCAGAACAAGGGGCUUAAGAUUAAGAAUUACAGCAAAAGCCAUUUAGAAGUAGAUGUUUGCUCAGGUUAGUGGAAAUCUAAAUCUGUGCCUGUAAAGAGUGCAAAUGUUGAUCAGUUCCAUUGUUUGGCAUUAAGAUUAGUGGAUCUUUCUUGAGUAAAGAUACUGAGGUGCUCAUGGAGCAAAGGCAACUUUAGAGAGGUGAGAAAAAGAGCAGAUGUGAUUUAACUGAAUGCCAGUCAAGAAUGAUGUACAAGAUGGCCUACUUCUGGUAUUUUGAUUCAGCAGCGUGCCCCCCCCCCCUCCCAACUUCUUAAAUUCCUCUUAAAUUGAUUUCCCCCUUAUGCCAUAGAUCCCUCUUCUGAGAAGGUUAAGGUGCUCAAUUUGCAUGUUAACAUAGAAAUUGGGACUCAAGCUUGGACAUAAGCCAUCAUUCAAGAAGACUGUUUCCUCUGAUUCUGUCUCUCUAAACGCUUCCCAUCCCCAAACUCAGCUGUACAAUGGAACUAUCAAUAAUGAUUCUCGUGCUGGGAAACGACGUCUCCUUUUCAGUGUGCUGCAAUAAGCUGAGAGCUAGGAUAGCUGCUGCUUUGAUCUCUUUUUCUAAUAGUAUUUAAGUAUUUGGCAUAAUUUUUAAAAGGUUUCCUGCAAUUAAUGACUAAAAAAAUUAAAUAUUUUCCAAGUUCAAAACUGCUUGAAAUUACUACAAAAUGCCACCCUGAACAAUGACAUUGUUUGUUUGACCUUGAGGGAUGUGGAUUCACCAAGAUUAUGCCUCACUGUUUAGUAUUAGAUGUAUUUGUCUCAGGAUCUCUUCAUAGUGUCAAGUUCUUGCUACAGUCUACAUACAAGGUAGUUAUGGAGGUUCUUGAUUCAGUCAGUGCAGAAGAUUGACACUUUGCCAUCGAUAGAAAAUCUGAACCAUUGUGGUGUUUUUCUCCCUAUUUUAUUUUCUGCACGUGAAUUAGAAACAUUUCUGUACUCCUUAAUGAGCCUUUACUAGAGCAUCAGAGGCUGAGGGUUCACAUGAUAAAGUAUAUAAAAUUGAAAGGCACGGAUAGGGUGGGUACUCGCAGUCCUUUCCCCAGGAUGAAAAUGACAAAUACUAGGCACAUACGUUUAAGACAAGAAGGGGAUUUUUUUUUAAAAAGAGGAUGAUUGGUGCCUGGACACACUGCCAGGGGUGGUGGUAGAAGCAGAUAAUGACAGCAACACUUAAGGGCCAUUUGGACAGAUACUUGGAGACACAGAAUAGAUAAAUCCAAGACAACAAAAUGUGAGGCUGGAUGAACACAGCAGGCCAAGCAGCAUCUCAGGAGCACAAAAGCUGAUGUUUCGGGCCUCGACCCUUCAUCUCUGAUCUUUUUUCUCCAGCAUCUGCAGUUCCCAUUAUCAUAGAUAAAUACAAAUGACAUGCAGGCAAAUAUGCUUUGUUUAGAAUGGCAUCAUGGUCAGCAAAGACAUGAUGGCUUGAAGGGAUUGUUUCUCCAAUAUUUGUGUUUUUUCUGUUUCAGAGGGCACUUCUGUGUGCUUAGGAAAUCAUUUUAGGUCUAUCCAUUGAAGAUGAAAUAAUACACUGUUGGACCAUGCCACCAUUGCUAAUGCUAUUGUUUUUUGAGCAGUUAAGUUUGAGCUGAAAUGCAUGUUCUGGACAAGAUGGAAUGAAUUCAACUGCAAAAUGAAAAUUUACAGAUGUAUCAGUACAUUUAGUGAAUGUUAUUUGGAUGACCUUUUUGAAAUAAUGUUUUUGUAAAAUUGGUUUCCAGUAUUAAAACAUAGCUCAAAAUAACCAAAAUUUACCUAAAUUUGUUCCUGUAUGAUUUUAUUAUUCUUGGUAAAUACUGUUAAAUUUGUAAGUAAUAAUUGUGGAUUCCUGUAUUAAACAUACUAUUAAUCUGUAAAUAGUACUGAUAAUUGCA